CAGAAACUCUGACACGAUACAGCGCGACUCUUUAUUCGCCUCAAUCAGACACUCGUGUGGGUUUUCUUUACGCGUUUGAUCCGCGGAGCAGCGUCCGGGGCGCCGCUGCGCUCUCCUAAAAGUUUCUGGACACCGACUUGACAGGAUAAAUCGACCGAGGGAGUUGGAGGGGAGGAAGAGCGCCGGCGGGCGAGCUGGCUGUGAGGAGAGGAGACAGACCGCAGAAGGAAAGUAUGGCCGCGUGCGGUGCGUCCGCGCUCUUCCUGCUCGCCUUUGCAAUACUGGGAGCGAGCGCGCAGUACGGAGACCGCGGCAUGUCGGUUCCCGAGCACGGCUUCUGCCAGCCCAUCACCAUCCCUCUGUGCACGGACAUCGCGUACAACGAGACCAUCAUGCCCAACCUCCUCGGCCACACGAACCAGGAGGACGCGGGGCUGGAGGUGCACCAGUUCUACCCGCUCGUUAAAGUGCAAUGCUCGCCGGACCUCAAGUUCUUCCUGUGCUCCAUGUACGCGCCGGUUUGCACGGUGCUGGAGCAGGCGCUGCCGCCGUGCCGUUCGCUGUGCGAGCGUGCGCGCCAAGGCUGCGAGUCGCUUAUGAACAAAUUCGGCUUCCAGUGGCCGGAGAGUCUCGCGUGCGAGUCGUUCCCGGUGCACGGCGGAGAGCUGUGCGUGGGGCAGAACACGUCUGAGCGGAGCGCACCGGUCAACCCGACUCCAGAUGUGACCCAAGCGACACCCGAGCAUCACAGGAAGGGCCGUUUUAAAUGCCCGGCUUCGCUGAAAGUCCCGCCGUACCUCAACUACCGCUUUCUGGGCGAGGAAAACUGCGGCGCGCCGUGCGAACCCAAGAAACUCCACGGGGUGAUGUACUUCAGCGAGGACGAGCAGAAGUUUGCGCGGAUUUGGAUCGGGAUCUGGUCGGUUUUGUGUUGCGCGUCUACUUUAUUCACCGUCUUGACUUAUUUAGUGGACAUGAAUCGCUUUAGUUACCCGGAAAGACCCAUUAUAUUCCUUUCCGGGUGUUAUACGAUGCUGUCCGUCGCCUACGUCGCCGGAUUUCUGCUGGAGGACAAAGUGGUGUGCAAUGAGCAGUUCGAUAAUGAGUUUAGGACAGUGGUGCAAGGCACCAAAAAGGAAGGCUGCACCAUCCUGUUCAUGAUGCUGUACUUCUUCAGCAUGGCCAGUUCCAUCUGGUGGGUCAUUCUAGCGCUCACUUGGUUCCUCUCGGCCGGGAUGAAAUGGGGUCAUGAGGCCAUUGAAGCGAAUUCGCAAUAUUUCCAUCUCGCAGCGUGGGCGGUGCCAGCCAUCAAGACCAUCACCAUCCUCGCGGUGGGUCAAGUGGAUGGAGAUGUGCUCAGCGGCGUCUGCUUCGUGGGCAUCAACAGCGUGGACGCGUUGCGCGGAUUCGUCCUGGCGCCGCUGUUCGUCUACCUGUUCAUCGGCACCUCGUUCCUCCUGGCGGGCUUCGUGUCUCUGUUCCGCAUCAGGACCAUUAUGAAGCACGACGGCACCAAAACGGAGAAGCUGGAGAAGCUGAUGGUGCGCAUCGGCAUCUUCAGCGUCCUCUACACGGUUCCGGCCACCAUCGUGAUCGCGUGUUACUUCUACGAGCAGGCCUUUCGGGAUCAGUGGGAACAGACGUGGAGCGCUCAAACGUGCAAGACGUACGCGGUGCCAUGCCCCGUCCACAACCCGCAGAUGAGCCCGGAUUUCACGGUGUUCAUGAUCAAGUACCUGAUGACCCUGAUCGUGGGCAUCACGUCUGGAUUCUGGAUAUGGUCUGGAAAGACUCUUAACUCGUGGAGGAAGUUCUACAGGAGACUGGCGAACAGCAAACAAGGAGAAACAACAGUGUGACUUAACUGCUUUUUUAUUUGUCACUUUUUCUGAUGGAAAAAACAACAGCGACUGUUUA